UUAAACGCGCGCCGGGGGCGGCGGGAUGCUGCUGCGGAUGCAGAGCUGUGUGCGCGGCCGCCUACUCGGAGCUUCCUGGGCACCACAGCAGUGGAGCCCGAGCAUCCUCUAGUCACGCAUCUUGGGGAGACUCAGGACCUCCCCCACAACUCCCCACCCCCACCCCGCACCGGCUUCCCGGCAGGUUCGCUUUUAAUUUCCAAGGCUGCAGCUCUCCUAGCUCAGUUCACAGCAUCCUGCUCACCAACCCUGCUGCGGAUGAAGCAGGGACUGGGCUGGGUCCAGCAAGUGGGGCAGCCCGGGCCAUGGUGCAUCUGAGCCCGGUGCUCCGGUGAGGUAGCGGCGGCGACUCGACCCAGGCGGGUGCUUCUCCUUGGAGCCUUUCCCCAGCUGCCACGAUGUUCAGCUGGCUGGGUAGCGAUGAUCGCCGCAAGAAGGACCCCGAGGUCUUCCAAACUGUGAGUGACGGGCUCAAGAAACUCUACAAGAGUAAGCUGCUGCCCCUGGAAGAAUAUUACCGCUUCCAUGAAUUCCACUCGCCUGCCCUGGAGGAUGCUGAUUUCGACAACAAGCCCAUGGUCCUGUUGGUGGGCCAGUACUCUACUGGGAAGACCACCUUCAUCAGGUACCUGCUGGAACAGGAUUUCCCAGGCAUGAGAAUUGGGCCCGAGCCGACCACUGAUUCCUUCAUAGCAGUGAUGCAAGGAGACGUAGAGGGGAUCAUCCCUGGGAACGCCCUGGUAGUGGAUCCGAAGAAACCCUUCCGAAAGCUCAAUGCCUUUGGCAAUGCCUUCUUGAACAGGUUUGUGUGUGCCCAGCUGCCCAAUGCUGUGCUGGAGAGCAUCAGUGUCAUUGAUACACCAGGGAUCCUCUCCGGGGAGAAACAGAGGAUCAGUCGAGGGUAUGAUUUUGCUGCUGUCCUUGAAUGGUUUGCUGAGCGGGUGGACCGCAUCAUCCUGCUCUUCGACGCCCACAAGCUGGACAUCUCUGACGAGUUCUCAGAAGUCAUCAAGGCUCUCAAGAACCACGAGGACAAGAUGCGAGUGGUGCUGAACAAGGCGGACCAGAUUGAGACCCAGCAGCUGAUGCGGGUAUAUGGGGCCCUCAUGUGGUCCCUGGGGAAGAUCGUGAACACACCAGAGGUGAUCCGGGUCUACAUCGGCUCCUUCUGGUCCCAUCCCCUCCUCAUUCCUGACAACCGGAAGCUCUUUGAAGCUGAAGAGCAGGACUUGUUCAGAGACAUCCAGAGCCUCCCCCGUAAUGCUGCCCUUCGAAAGCUCAAUGACCUUAUCAAGAGAGCCCGGCUGGCCAAGGUCCAUGCCUACAUCAUCAGCUCCUUGAAGAAGGAAAUGCCCUCAGUGUUUGGGAAGGACACCAAAAAGAAGGAACUGGUGAACAACCUGGCUGAGAUUUAUGGCCGGAUUGAACGAGAGCACCAGAUCUCCCCUGGGGACUUCCCCAACCUGAAGAGGAUGCAGGACCAGCUGCAGGCCCAGGACUUCAGCAAAUUCCAGCCACUGAAGAGCAAGCUGUUGGAGGUGGUAGAUGACAUGCUGGCACACGACAUUGCCCAGCUCAUGGUGCUGGUGCGCCAGGAGGAGACCCAGCGACCUGUCCAGAUGGUGAAAGGCGGAGCAUUCGAGGGAACCCUGCAAGGCCCCUUUGGGCAUGGCUACGGAGAGGGGGCCGGGGAAGGUAUUGAUGAUGCUGAGUGGGUGGUGGCCCGAGACAAGCCAAUGUAUGACGAGAUCUUCUAUACCCUGUCUCCAGUGGAUGGCAAGAUCACAGGUGCCAAUGCCAAAAAAGAGAUGGUACGCUCCAAGCUGCCCAACAGUGUGCUGGGCAAGAUCUGGAAACUAGCCGACAUCGACAAGGAUGGCAUGUUGGAUGAUGAGGAGUUUGCCCUGGCCAACCACCUUAUCAAAGUCAAGCUGGAGGGGCAUGAAUUGCCCAAUGAGCUGCCUGCCCACCUUAUCCCUCCAUCUAAGAGGAAAGUAUCUGAGUGACAGAUGUAGGUAACCAGACAGGCAGUGUUAGAGAGAAGGGGCAUGAUGACCAUAAACACACACAGAUACAUACAUACAUACAUUCAUACAUACAUACAUACAUACAUACAUACAUACAUACAUACACAAACACACACACAGAUACAUACAUACAUUCAUACAUACAUACACACACACACAAACACAGUGUGACUUGACAUAUAGAUGAGAAGGGUUCAUCCUUUUUUGGACACUUCCAAGUUCCCAGGAUUGGAAGAAGGGCAGCUGUACCUCCUCUGUCCCAGGAUAAAAGCCUGCGUCUCCAGUCUUCCCCUCUUUCUCCCAUCCCCAGAGACACGAGGCAAUGGACUGGUCCACAGAUGGCCCAGGCCACCCUACCCCCCAGUGCCUCCACACUGAGGCUCUAAGCAGAUGGGAAAGGCUUUCCAUGGAGUAGACAAUUCGCUUUCUUUUCUGUGCUUUUAUUUUUCCUCUUUGGCUUCCUAAUUAGAAAUUUUCUCAGGGGCUGGGAGCAGUGAGGGAAAGGAGAAGCUGCGGGGAGGAUAAUGAAAUGGAGACACCUCGUUAAGGCACUACAUCCCAGACCCGAAGAGACACUGGCCCCUGUUCUUUGUAUCUUUCUAGCUGGAAAACCCUGUCUUCUUCAACAAACUUGAACUUUGAACUCUGUCUGUCAUUUUGUCUUCAAGAAUCCCAGAUGGGGAGAGAAAGGGAAAACCUUGGUAGAAAAGCACAAGGAAGCUGCCCUGUGGUCUUCAUGGACAGGGUGUUUGUAGGUCAUGAGUUUAUCAGGCCCAGGCUGUCUGGAUACUCAGUUUCUUUACAUACAGUGAGCCCCUCCUGUGUGGCAGGAGCAGUGUUAGGCACUUUAUACAUGUUGGUCCCUGAGGUCUUCACUAAUGCCCUAGGCAAGUAUGCAUCACCCCUGUUCUCAUUUGUCAGGUGAGAAGCCAGAGACUCAGGAGUUCAGGUGACUUUCCCAAACUCCCGAGGUCCCAAAGAGAGAGGAUACUGAUCCUCCAUUUGUCCCUGUUCUGUGAUGAAUAAUGGUCCUAAUGUUGCUAUCUGGUGGCAGAGCACAGCACCAUCUGAACACAACCCCUCACACAGCCUCCCAGAGUAUCCAGGCAAAGGAAAGCACUCACCAGCAUUUGGUGGGCCAUCAAUCUGGCCAUCUGUCAUCUCCUAGAAGCAAACUGUGCCUUCUGGCCCUGUGCCUCGUGUUCCCAACAUCACAGAAGUCCAACCAAGCCAUCAGGAGAGUGGGCUGACCUGCUAGAUGCUGUCUGUGCCUAUUCCUGCCGAGCCUCCCAUCCAUCCACCUUGAGCAUCCCAGCUCAAAUUCAGCCACUGGAUGUCACCAAGCAGGACUUUGUGCUGGUUCUCAGAAGACCAUCUUGAGAGGACUGGGACCUUGUUCUCUGUAGAGUUUCAGUGUUCUUGGCAAAAAUCCCCACUGUGCUCAGCGCCCUCCAUCCUCCUCUUGGCCUUUUCCUUGGCUUGCUCCCCGGCCACUGACCCAGUGACUGUCUGCUGCACUCCUACUGUGAUGGGAAACAAAGCAACUGUAACUUAUUUUGUAUCUAUGUUCAGACUAUAUAGAGACUGUUCCGUGUAUCUAUAAUGUGCUUAUAACUGCAGUGUGUUUGUCAUUAGGAUUCAUGUGAAUACAGCACAUUUAUCCUUUGGUA